AUGGGCAUCUUUGUCGCUCUCGCGGUGCCGCUCGAAGAUCCGCUAAGUUCGAUCUCCCUGUCUUACUUCUUCGAGGCCAACUACGUUUUACCGGCGAACAUAACGUUCUUCGAGCCGUGGUACGUCGGAGGAAAAAGGAGGAGAAGGCGGCGAAGUAUCGACAGAGCCGCGAUCUAUCGAGUUCUGGAAAAUAAAUUCGAGAGCACCGGCUACUCCGGACGGGAAUGCCUGCUGAGAGCGAUCUGCGAGACCUCGGAAUUCCCGCUGCAACACAACGGGGUGAUCGGCGACAUCGUGCAUGUGCUUUUUACUCCGAGCAGCUCGAGACGCGAGGAAUUGCCGCGAGACGUUUCCGAGGCUGAACUGGUCGGUCGUAACGGAAGCUGCUCCAAGUACCAACCGCGAUGCCCACUGGGACUCUUCGAUUUGAUCGGAGUUCUAGCGUGA